GGUAGUGAAAACUUAAAUUUCUCUCUAAUAGCAAUAAAUAAAGUGUGUGCGCGAUGGAUUUCCAAAACCGCGCCGGUGGCAAAACCGGCGGUGGAGGCAUGGCUUCCUGGUCGGAGAGCAACCGCGACCGACGCGAACGUCUGCGGCAACUAGCCCUGGAGACGAUCGAUCUGAACAAGGAUCCCUACUUCAUGAAGAACCACUUGGGUUCGUACGAAUGCAAGCUCUGUCUCACGCUGCACAACAACGAGGGCAGCUACCUCUCGCACACGCAGGGAAAAAAGCAUCAGGCGAACCUCGCCCGACGUGCGGCAAAAGAAGCGAAGGAGGCCCCAUGGGUGAUUCAACCGGAAAAGCCUCGCAUUGAACCGAAGAAGUUCGUCAAAAUCGGUCGUCCCGGUUACCGGGUGACGAAACAGCGUGAUCCGGAAAAUGGCCAGCAGUCGCUGCUGUUCCAGAUCGAUUACCCAGAGAUCACGGACGGUAUCGUGCCGCGUCAUCGGUUCAUGUCGGCGUACGAACAGAAAAUCGAACCGCCAGACCGCAAAUGGCAGUACUUGCUGUUUGCGGCCGAACCGUACGAAACGAUCGCAUUUAAGGUCCCGUCACGCGAGGUCGAGAAGACGGAGGGCAAAUUCUGGACGCAUUGGAACAAAAACACCAAGCAGUUUUUCCUGCAGUUUUCGUUCAAGCUCGAACCGAAGAUCAUUCCUCCGCCACCGCCAAACGUACACCGGAUGCCUCACCCCGGCCGGCCAAUGUUCAAUCCCGUUCCCCCACCGCCGAUGGGUGUCGUUCCGGUUCCGGCUCCACCACACAUGUAAUCGAAACCCCAGUAUACAAUAAACCAUACAUUCUU